CCAUCGGAGAAUGUACUGGGGUGUCGGGUUUGCAUCGUCCCGAUCAUGCGUGGUUGACCUGAGCAGGAAUCACAGCUUUUCCCUGGGACUGUGCGGUCCUGCUGACCACUACUCCUUCUAUGGCUACAUAAUCACCUUCCCCCUGCAGGAUUACUCUCACAUCAUGUCAGGGCUGGGCGCCGAGUCGUGGUGGAAGAAGACAUUGUGCCUGACCGGGGGCGCCUUGCUGGCAGCGGCUGCCUAUCUCCUGCACGAAUUACUGGCGAUCAGAAAGGAGCAAAAACUGGAUUCUAAAGAUGCGAUUAUAUUGCAUCAGUUCUCUCGGCCAGAGUCUAGAAUUCCCAGCCUGUCUCCUUUUUGCCUGAAGAUGGAAACGUUUCUCCGAAUGGCUGACUUGCCGUACCAGAAUUAUUUCGACGGCAAACUCUCUCCUCAAGGAAAGAUGCCUUGGAUUGAAUAUAACCAUCAAAAAGUAUCCGGCACAGAAUUCAUUAUUGAUUUUCUUCAAGAUAAACUGGGCGUUAACUUAAAUAAACAUUUGGAUCCCAGCGAAAGAGCGGUUUCAAGGGCCAUCACAAAAAUGGUGGAAGAGCACUUCUACUGGGCCAUUGUGUACUGUCAAUGGAUUGACAAUCUCCACGAGACUGGAAAAAUAUUGUCUGUCUCAGGUCCGUUCAGUGGCUUUCUGAAAUGGAUACUGUGUCACCUAACAAGAGGGAUUGUUAAGCGGGAAAUCUAUGGUCAUGGCAUUGGCCGCUUCUCGAAGGAAGAAAUAUAUACCUUAAUGGAAAAGGAUAUGCGAGCACUUUCAGUCAUCUUGGGUGAUAAGAAGUACUUCAUGGGCCCUAGGCUGUCCACAGUUGAUGCGGCUGUGUUUGGGCAAUUGGCUCAGGCAAUGUGGACUCUGCCUGGAACGAGACCAGAGAGGCUGAUCAGAGAUGAGCUGGUCAAUCUUGCUAUGUACUGUGAGAGAAUUAGGCGCAAGUUUUGGCCUGAAUGGACGGAAGAGAGUGAAGAUGCCUCAUACAAUAACGAAGAUGAAACCAGUGAGGACAGUUUGACUCCCACACCGCUCCAAGACUUCAGUUUGUACUCGCGCACAGAAACGUUUGAUGAAGAAUUAACUGAGAACAGUGUUUCCUGUUCACAAACUCCAGACACCGAUCAGACCGGCCAUUCGCUCUUUGAUUCGGAUGUGGAAAUGGAGGAGUACACAGAUAUCGAGCUGGUCAAAUGAAACAUGCUAAAGGGUCAACACCGUCCCUUCUGCACUCAAACUGAUAUAUUCUGGAGGUGACUAGGAAUCACCCAGUACAAGUAUUGCCAUUCAGACCAAUGUCAAAUCAUCACCACUUACAGUAGCCUAGAACACAAGAGAUUCUGUAGAUGCUGGAAAUCCAGAUUGGCACAUGAAUGCACAGAAUGCUAGAGGAACUCAGCAGGUCAAGCAGCAUCCGUAGAAAGGAAUAUGAAGGAGUGGUACUAAACUUUGACUCUUUAUACUUCUUCAUAAAUGCUACCUGACCUGCUCAGUUCCUCCAGCGUUUUGUGUGUACUAUAUCCGAUAAUCUUGUCUUACAACAGUAAAGUCUACUCUUUUAAAUGAUAGGAUGUACAUGCUCGAUGAGCAGAACCGUCAUAAUUGUCACUGUGUAGUAGCCCCACGUGCCUAAUGCGUCUGGUUUUGAUGCUGCGUCUCCAUACAAAGUGCUCGCCCUUCGUUCCUUUUUGGCAUUUCCGAAGUUCCACGCCUCUGAGCGUACUCAGCGAUCACUUCAUCAGGUGCACCUGUAUGUCCAGUUGUUAACGCAAAGAACUCAUCGGCAGGGGCGUGCAGACCAGAGGCUGGGGCCAGACAUCCGAGCGGGAAAGAAACGUGAGCUGUGUGACUUUGACCGUGGAAUGAUUGUUCGUGUCAGACGGGGUGUUCCGAUCAUCUCCGAAAAUCCUGAUCUCCUGGAGUUUUCACGCACAACAACCUCUAGAGUUUACAGGGAAUGGUACAAAAACAGAGAGAGAAAAAGCAGACGGUGGGUGGCAGUUCUAUUGGUGAUGAUACCUUUUCAAUAAGAGAGGUCAGAGGAGAACGGCCAGACUAGUUCAAGCUGACAGGAAGGUGACAGUAACUCAAAUAACCACAUGUUACCACAGUGGUGUGUAGAAGAGCAUCUCUGAAUGCACGACACGUCGAGCCCUGAAGUGGACGGGCUGCAGCAGCGGAAGACCUUGAACGUACACUCAGUGGCCUCUUUAUUAGGUACAGGAAGUGCUGAAUAAGGUGGUCACUGAGUGCACGAGAGAUUAUUUCAAUGACAAAUCGUGGUUUGCCGCAGUGUGGAUACGGCAUUCACUGGGGAGACCCCUCGCUGGCCAGCCGUCUCCCAGCAGCUUACCUGUGAAAGGCAGACAUCCAGUGACAGACAUACAAAUCUCAAUUCAGAUUUACGGUGUGCAUGGGCAGCAGCAGGUCUACUUAACUGAUAUCUGUACUUAACAACUAUUUAUGAAUCGAUGGAAGAAUAUUACAUGGAGGUUCUUUCUUGGCACUUUAAACUUUGUUGCUUUUACAGUGUGAACUGGUAAACAUCGUGCUCUUGAACUUCCAUUAGUAAUUUGUUUGGACCUCUUUGUUAUAUCUUAGCUCUUACCAAGUCAUGACUCGGAGAGAAUCGUUAUUGAAGAUAUUUCGUUGCACUAUCGGAGAAUUUGUUUGUAUUCGGUUUGUUGCAGUUGCCCUGAUCAAUUUGGGGUGGGACGGUAGCAAAGCACCAGUGACCCAUGUUCAGUUUCUGCCGCUGUCCCUAAGGAAUUUGUACCUUUUCCCAGUCACUGCAGAGGUUUCCUCCAGCUGCUCUGCUUUUCUCCCACAUUCCAAAGGCGGACAGGUCAAUAGGUUAAUUGGUCACAUGGGGGUAAUUGGGCAGCAUGGGCUCGCUGGGCCAAAGGGCCUGUUAUUGUGUUGUAUCACGGAAAUCAGACGCAAUACAAAGUAGUGCUUCCAGAGCAAGAAGUAUACAUUCCUAUUUUGCUCAAAGUGAUGAGGAAUUGUAAACAUUUUUAUUUUCAAUAUCCUACAGUGCAGAGAGUUUUGGAACCUUUUAUUCUGUGGCCACCCUGAGCCACAGAAGUUACAUUCAGUUUGAUAACAAAUUGCACAGAAGCAACAGUAGCAUUAGGACUACAAUGCCACUUUCGUGAAAAACGCUACGUGGUAAGUUGUGGCCAACUUUACUCUAUGUGUUCCAUACACAUACAUCUGCAAUCAGUGCCAGGUAUGUCUGAAAGGUUAUAUGCAGUUGCUUCACAGAGAGUACACACACAACAUAAUGCUUCCAGAGCAAAAAUAAUUCAUUUCUAUUUUUCUCAAAGACACAAAGUGGUAACUUGUUGUAAACAUUUUUAUUUUCAGUAUCCCACAGCAGAGAGUGUUUUAGAACCAGUUAUUUCCAUGUGCAACCUAGGCCAUAGAAGUUACAUUCAGUUUUAUAAGAAAUUGCACAGAAGUUAUUCUACCAAAACAAAAGCAGACAUUGCCACUUUACUGAAAAAUGCUAUGUGGUAAGUUAUUGUACACAACUUUAUUUUACAUGUUCCGUGGUCCUGACUGUACAUGCAUUCACCUGAGAGUACAAGGUAAGCCUGGAGAGUUAUGUGCUAUUGCUUCAUAGAAAUUGCAGACA